GGGCUCCAUGCUUUGCGCACAACACGCGCUCAAUUCGCUACUUCAGGGUAACUAUUUCACGGCUCCCGAUCUAGCUGCCAUCGCGAACUCAUUCGAUAUGCUCGAACAUAACGCGCUCGAAAGUCAGCCGCGCCAAUCUGGAAGCCAUAACAUGGACGACACAGGUUUCUUCUCGGUCCAAGUCAUAGACAAAGCCUUAGACGUGUGGGGGUUAAGUCUAGUACGAUGGCGAAGUGAACAAAUGCGCCCAUACCAAGACGCACCACACAAACAACUAGCUUUCGUGCUGAACCUCGAACAGCACUGGUUCACCUUGCGCCGCUUUGGUCCCGCACAGACCAGCGCAGACUCAGAUCCAGGCGAAGGACACUGGUUCAACCUGAACAGUUCUUAUGACCGCCCAAAAUGGGUCAGCAGAACAUACCUCGAUAUGUUCCUUCGACAGUCCGAGGAAGAGGGAUACUCGGUCUUCGCAGUUGUCCAAGAAGACCCAAACAAACCCCUCGCGCUUCCGCGAACAGAAGUAGAUUUAGCGGCCGCAACACUUGAUUCCCCAGAUACGACAUCUUCCAUUCCUGGUGCUUUUCCGAGUAGUCAAGGAGCACAAGACACCAGCGAAGUUGUCAUCCCCGACGAAGGAGAUUUCGACAUCAACAACGAAGACGUCGAGUUACAAGCAGCACUCGCAGCAUCACUCUCCGGGGCGGACCACUCUUUCGGCCAACACGCGUACGUACCGCAAGCACCUGUUCCCGCUCCAGCGCUCCGACGGGCACCAACUCCUCCUGGGACACGCUCUGCUCCUCUCGUAGUAGACGAUGAUGACGACGACAUGAUCAUAGAAAGCGCGCCGCCUUCAGCUAUCGCUCCAUCAUCAGCAACCCCACACUCGGACCCAGUCGCAGCUAGUAUGGCGCGUAACGCACAAAUGCUCGAACGUAUGCGUCGUAUGCAAGAAGCCGCAUUACGCGAGACAUACGAAGAUGAAGUCUCUGGGCGUAGACCGCCAUCUCAACUACAAAGAACGAGGGAAGAACAAGAACAGGAAGAAUUGGAACGCGCCAUCGCUGCUAGUGUCGCUGAACAUAACAACAGUGGAAAUCAAAGGCGAACCCCAAUACUACUCGACGAAGGAGAUGAUGCUGACGGAGAGUGGGUACCAGAAGAAGACGCUGACGAGGGGGAUAAAGAAAACGUGAAUGCACCAACGCGUCGAAGUCAACCGACUCGCGCGUCACCGGGUACUCCGGGUUCUAGCAGUACACCCGGGACAACUGCUGCUGCUGUUCCUCCGACGCAAUAUGAAGAAGUACAUAGAGUAUACGACGAUGAAGACGAACAGUUACAAGAAGCUCUUCGCGCAUCUUUACGAUCCAUGCCAGAAGGGUUCGCCCACCCUUCUUCACCUGCUCGACGUGAACCGUCGAAGCCUGUCUCAGUCCCUGCCCCUGACUCUUUGUCUGCCCCUGUUCCUGUUCCUGCACCAGAAUCUACAAACCAAGCUACGGGUGGUGUCGAUUCUGCUGGAAGUUCGCAACAGAAAUCCUCUGAAGAGGAGUUAGAAGACGAGCCUCCCGCUCCACCCGCGCAAGUGGACGUCGAAGAGAUGCGUCGGCGAAGGUUAGCGCGCUUUGGUGGAUAGACAAUCUAAAUCCAGUCUAUUCAUUUCGUGUUACUACAUUCGAGGAUAAAACCGAAGGGAAAGAAGUAAUUAGUAAAUGAGGAGAGGUGUUCCAUGCUUUGUGAUAUCUGUAAAACUUCUUGGGGGUGUUCUUA